UUCAGUCAUCAUGGUGGCCUGGUUGCUCUGUAGCUCUGUGAGUCUGCUGAUGUCUGCUGCAGGAGCCCUCGGCUCUGGAGAUGACGGCUGGUCAAUGAAGGUACAGCCGGAGGUCCGAGCCAUCGACGGUUACCCGGUGGUGCUGCCCUGUACCUUCAGCCACCCGCAGCACUCCCAGCAUUCCUCCCUGCAGGUGUUGUGGCGUCUGGGUCACGGGCAGGGCGCCGCUGUUCUGUACCGCUGCACUAGCAGGCCCGGGGCCCCCACCUGCGAGCCGGGGCCCCAGCAGGACCAGCGCUACCGGUUGGAGGGAAACCCAAGAGAGCACGACCUGUCGCUGCGCAUCAGCAGCGCCACCCUGCAGGACAGCGGUCGCUACUACUGCAGGGUGGAGGUUCAGGGACGAGAGCACGUCAGCUUCGAGGACAAGAUGGGGACCAGACUGAGAGUGGAAGCUCCUCCGAAGAUCCUGGCUCUGACAGUGGAGGGCGGGGAGCAGUCCGGUUAUAGAGCUCUGUGCCGGGUCCAGGGCUCCCCCCUGCCUGACGUGCAGUGGCUCGGCCCGGACGACCUGCUGGAGGGCUCGCCGGUUGGCCCGCUGGCUCAGGGCACCCCAGCUCACUACCACACCGUCAGCCAGCUGAGAGACGUGGAGCCUGGCCAGCAGUACACCUGCAGCGCCUCCAACCCGCUGGGCAAAGAGCAGGCCACCCUCUACGUCCUGCCCCCCCAACCCCUGCGCUCCGUGGCUGGGGCAUCGCCUCCCCUCCUGCUCCUCCUGUCAGUGUCUGUGGGGGCAAAGGUCAUCCUGCUGGUUGGGAUGGGGGUGUGGAUUGUGCAGGGGGCAGCUCUGCAGGGAGUCAGCUGCUGGUGGAAGUGA